UGCUCCCUUUGUUUUAUCCAGACUUGUGUAGUGGUAUCUAAACACUGGUUGCAUAAUAAACGAUCACCGCUUAGUUAAUUCACUCGGUUUGCAGCCAGCAGCAAUAUGUUCUAUACAGUCUCCUGUCUCGGAAUGUCAUUCCUGUGAGUUUCCCACGUGUUUAUUACACGCACAAGGCCCUGAAAGUGAUUCUUCUGGUACAGAGGAAGUGACUGCUUCUCCGCAUGUGAUUUCCCUGGCUGCAAAUCGCUUCAAGCUGCACCUAGGGACAGAUCAAUUGUUAUACAGCCAGCACCUUUUGUGCCAUUGGAUGGUGCACAAGAAUGGAUGAAAUACAGACCUUUCAAUUUGACAAAGAUCCAACUGUAAGGGAAUUACAUAUUGGAUCUAUGAAGGUACCUAAACCUCAAUUUAAAGCACUCUUGGUGUUUAUGAAGGAAGAUGCACAGUUGCAAGCACUUGAAAAAACGCUCGGAAAACUUGGCUUCGAGCACGACGUAAAAUCGUGCGAAGCAGCAUUGGACGCCUUCCACAAAAAGCAGCCACACUUGGUUAUUAUCGACUGCCGACAUAAUUAUGCGUUUGAUGCAGAGACGGUGUGCAGCUCCAUCCGAAACACAAGCAAUGGUUCAUUUACAACGAUCGUGGCUUUAGUGCACAGAAGGUACAGGGCGGUUCAUACACCCUCAGUGAAGCUUCCUUGCUUUUUAAAUUGUGAUUUUUAUAAGAGAAACCAAAUAAACCAAGCUUCCAAUACCACAGAUCUUUUAAAUGUUGGCUUCAAUAGAUUCAUAAAUGAAACCACUAAACUCGAUGAAUUAGAAGAUGAACUUCUACAACUUGAGUCCGGACUUCUUACCCAACAAGUUAAAAUCAAAUCGUGCCAAGCCAUUCUGACUGCCUUAGAAAGAUGCAGAGACUUAAUAUGGAUUAUAGACGACAAGAGUAACAUACAGUAUGUGAACAAGACAUUGGAGCGAGUUCUUGGUUUCCAAUCUAAACAUGUUGUUGGGACAAACUUUUCACAAUAUAUUCAAAAUGAUAAAAGCAAUGAUGACGUAUGGGAAAAAAUACAGGCAGAAAUACAAGCAGAGAAGGAAUGGGAAGGAUCAUUUUAUUGCAGAAGAAAAAUUGGUGACGAUGUCCAUUUGCAAGCUAUGUUCUUACCAUUAUGUGAACAAGACAGGUCAAAUCGACAAUAUGUUGUGCUAUGCUAUCCACACAGUCAAGGUGCUACAGUUCCUGACAUUUCACAGUUCAUUAGCAUAAAACGUAAAAACUCAUACGAAUUCCACCGUCGUCACUCGGGGGCAGCAGAGCAGCUACAAAUUCGACGACUGUCAGCUGCAUCGUCAUUUGAAGGGGAUGGAUCGCACAGAAGAACCAACUCUUUAGCAAAAAUUCACUCCAUGGCAAUCGAAGCACCUAUUACUCAGAUCAUCAAUUUAAUCAAUGUUGUGAAAGACUGCAGUCAGCCGUCUGAAACUGAAGUUUUGGAACAAAUUCUUGAGAUUUUACGAAACUCUGAACUUUAUUCUCCUGCUGACUUACCUAACAAGUCUCGUGAUCCAAUGUUAUCCGAUUUUGUGGAAGGACUGGUCACGGGCACUGGUUUUAGUCACAGAAGAUCAUCUGGUGGGGAAAAUAUUCUCAGCAGAACCCCUCCUAACAGCGCUUCGACCAAAUCUUCAGCAGGGAAAGGGGGUCUCACUCGAACGAAUGAAAAUCCGGCAAUCGCAAUGUGUUUGGAGAACUAUGACUCGUGGGAUUAUGACGUACUUGCUCUAGAGCGUGUUUCAGUGAAAAAACCACUUGUGCACUCUGGUAUGCACGCACUGGGCCAGUUUAAUGUGUGCGAGGUAUUAGACUGUACGCCCACUACACUGCACUCGUGGCUGGUAGCAAUUGAGCAGAACUACCAUGCAAGCAACCCUUACCACAACUCAACACACGCAGCUGAUGUUCUUCAUGCUACGGCUUAUUUUCUUAAGAAAGAUCGACUUAAGAAUUGGAUGGAGCCCUUAGAUGAAAUAGCAGCGUUGUUGGCUGCCAUCAUACAUGAUGUAGAUCACCCAGGUCGUACAAAUAACUUCCUUGUCAACUCAAGCAGCCCACUAGCUUUACUUUAUAACGACACUGCUGUACUGGAAAGCCACCACGCUGCAUUUGCUUUCAAAUUCACUGUGAACAACGAUAAGUGCAACAUUUUCAAGAAUUUGUCAAAAGAAAAUUUUAUGACAAUUCGGCAAUCCAUUAUUGAUAUGGUAUUGGCAACAGAACUAUCAAAGCACUUCGAACAUGUCAACAAAUUCAUCAGUAUUGUUACGAAAAACAACAGCAACAAUCCAGACUCUGAGACCACUAGUGGUAGCACAGGGCGUGCAACGAGCGGACAGAAUGCAGCUGUGACACAUGAACUUAAAACUCUCAUCAAACGUGUGAUGAUAAAAGUUGCAGAUGUUAUUAACCCGGCUCGGAAAACUCCGUUAUGUGUGGAGUGGGCACGCAGGAUAUCGGAAGAAUAUUUCGCACAGACUGACGAAGAGAAAAGGUUAGGCCUCCCUGUCGUGAUGCCACAUUUUGACAGAAACACUUGCAGCAUGCCCAAGUCACAAAUGACUUUCAUGGAUUAUUUUCUAACAGACAUGUUUGAAGCGUGGCAUGAGUUCUGUGGUAUGGAAGAUGUGAUGAACAACCUCACUGAUAAUUACAACUACUGGAAGAAGUUACAAGAUCGAGGAGUGAUGCGGUUGGCUGAGCUCGAGGACGAGGAGUUUGCCGACCUCCACUAUGAUCCUUCUGUGAGCGGACGUCACUGGAAGUAUUCCGACGAGAAAAAAGACUCAGAAAUUCCGGACUCGGAUUCGAUAGUUAACAAAACAGGAACCAUAGGGAACCAUUUGCCCCAUUGACGCUGUCGAACCGACAGUCGCAUGAUUAUGUUGCGUGUUAUCUCAAACUGUCAAACUUUUUUUUGUUUUCUCUCGUUUUUACUGCCCUUUUCAAACCAGCGCCAGUGAAAGACGUAUUUUAUCAAAAUCCGUUGCCCUAUUAGACGAUGUUGUUUUUGCAAAGUUCGGUCACUUAAAUACGCACCAACAAACGUAAUGGUUAGUCUAGGCCUCACAUGUCAUAUUCGAAUUUGCUUGCAUCACCCAUUGCUUCAAUUGUGAAUCGACAAUGACACGCACAAACGUUUCUCAUGCCCAGCAUUGGUGUCAGCUUCGAAUUUCCUUUUGUAAACUGUUUAUAAAUCUAAUGCAAGUGUAGAGUUACUGCUUUUUUGUUUCUAUCGUGGCACCUCAAAAACUACACUGGCCUUUGGCUUUUACUUUUUAUGCUAUUCUACUUUAGCUUUUGCGCACACAAAUCACAAUGGACAUCAAAUCCCUAUAUUUUACCCUUUAGGCCCCUUGAAAAAAUUCUCGAGCAUGUAAUACGACAUGUCCAGCCUAUACACCCCAUGUCACCAACCACAAUGAAACACUGUGCGUAAAAUCUUGCUUACAGCGAAUCAACCCCAUUUUCCAACGCAAUUCGUAGCUCUGGCCUAAGUUGCAUACAUAACAACACUGAUGAUGCAUUCCAACCAUCAAGUCAACACUAUUAACUUUGGCGUAUUAUUGUAUUACAUAGUAUUUUUUCGUCGUUCUUGCGUACAAAAAACGACAGCCCUUUUUGCAUAACAUGUCCAAUCAACCGGUUUUUCCCACCUCCCAAAAUAUUCGUAAACCUUUCAAUUCGAAACUUACUGCCUGGUCAUUAAUAAUUUUCACUUUUAACAAGUUCUGUACCCGCCCCCACCCUGUUUUAUCAUUCACUUUUACUUGCCAAACUAGACAAGUUAUAUACAUUGUAAAAAUAACAUAUUUCCUAUUGUAGUCUCGCAACGAUUUUACUUUUUUAGUUUUAUUUUCAAAACCUCGCGUUGUCUGUUGUACCGGGCAGUGACACUCGCUAAGUGGCCUGAGUACUUAGCGAGGAAUUGUUCCGCCUUCAUUUUAAUAGUACUCCGGUUUUGCAGAGCGUUCGUUAUUCUUGUAUAUUGUUUUGUUUAGUUAAUAUACAAAACCUGCACCAUUGGUA